GCCCCCCUUGCCCCGCCCCGGGAUUGGCCAGGACGCCUUUGAGACCCAACCCGGAAGCUGUACUUCCCCGGCGAGGAUUGGCCCGAGUCAGGAUCCGUCGUUCGCGGUUGUGUCUGGGAAGGAGAGAAAAUGGCGGUCGAGCCGAGUAAGACAGAAAUCCAAACUCUGUUUAAGAGGCUCCGCGCGAUUCCCACGAACAAGGCCUGUUUCGAUUGCGGCGCCAAGAAUCCUAGUUGGGCCAGCAUCACGUAUGGGGUUUUCCUGUGCAUCGACUGUUGCGGGGUGCACCGCUCCCUGGGGGUCCAUCUCAGUUUCAUCAGGUCCACAGAGUUGGAUUCUAACUGGAGCUGGUUCCAACUAAGGUGUAUGCAGGUCGGCGGCAAUGCCAAUGCGACAGCCUUUUUCCGCCAGCACGGAUGCACAGUCAGCGACGCCAACAGCAAAUACAACAGCCGCGCAGCCCAGAUGUACCGCGAGAAGAUCCGGCAGCUGGGGAGCGCAGCCCUGGCCAGGCAUGGCACCGAUCUGUGGAUUGACAGCCUGAGCGGUGCCCCCAGCCACUCCCCAGAGAAGAAAGACUCUGAUUUCUUCACGGAGCACACUCAGCCUCCUGCCUGGGACAUGCCAGCUUCGGAGCCCUCAGGGAUCCAGCAGCCAGCCCCGCCUGGAGACAGCAGCGGCCUGGCACAGCCAGAGCUUGGCCCCAAUACGGACCUGCUUGGCACCUCGCCCAAGGCGUCUCUGGAACUGAAAAGCUCCAUCAUUGGCAAGAAGAAGCCAGCUGCCGCUAAGAAAGGGCUGGGGGCCAAGAAAGGCCUGGGAGCCCAGAAGGUGAGCAGCCAGAGCUUCAGUGAGAUCGAACGGCAGGCCCAGGUGGCAGAGAAGCUCCGGGAGCAGCAGGCAGCGGAUGCUAAGAAGCAAGCUGAGGAGUCCAUGGUGGCCUCCAUGCGUCUGGCCUACCAGGAGCUCCAGCUCGAUCGGAAGAAGGAAGAGAAGAAGCUGCAGAACCUGGAGGGGAAGAAGCGAGAGCAGGCAGAACGGCUGGGCAUGGGCUUGGUGAGCCGGAGCUCUGUGUCCCACUCGGUGCUGUCCGAGAUGCAGGUGAUCGAGCAGGAGACACCCGUGACCGCCAAGUGCUCACGCUCACAGCUGGACUUGUUUGACGAUGUUGGGACUUUGGCCUCUGGACCCCCGAAGUACAAAGACAACCCCUUUUCCUUGGGGGACAGUUUCGGGUCCCGCUGGGAUACGGAUAACACCUGGGGCAUGGACAGGGUGGAGGAGAAGGAGCCAGAAGUGACCAUCUCCAGCAUCCGGCCAGUGUCGGAAAGGGCCACAAACCGCAGGGAUGGGGAGAGCCGGAGCUCAGGCCUUGAGUCCAGUGAAGCUCGGCAGAAGUUCGCGGGAGCCAAAGCCAUCUCUUCUGACAUGUUCUUUGGGCGGGAGAUGGACUCUGAGUACGAAGCCAGGUCCCGGCUGCAACAGCUGUCUGGCAGCAGCGCCAUCAGCUCCUCCGACCUCUUCGGGGAUGCCGAUGGAUCUCAUGGUACAGGAAGUGGCUCUCUGGGCAGUGUGUUGCCCACGGCGGACAUCGCGCAGUUUAAGCAGGGCGUUAAGUCUGUGGCCGGGAAGAUGGCUGUGCUAGCCAACGGGGUGAUGAACUCUUUGCAGGAUCGAUAUGGUUCCUACUGAUCUGAGCCUUGGUCCAGGCCUCGGUUGUGAUGGCAGCAAGAAGCCCGUGGUCCCCAAGCCACGGUGCCACCUUGUGGAAGCUGGGGCCGAUCUGUUACUGUGUGUGUGUGGUGUGCCUGGUGGCCUUGGAGGGUCACAGGGAGGGUGUACCCGUGGAUGGAACCCUUGC